GGGCAGAUGGUAGGCUUGCCCACUGAGUGGUGCACACAGCAGCCUGAAAUUGCAGUCUUCACUGUACAGAUUUGCAUGUCGUGGACAUCUGGGUUGCACAGAAAUUGUCAAAAUGACAAAUCUGAGAUGUUUAAGGAUAUAGUAUCCUUCACCUAAAAAUAAUUUCAGUAUACAUGAACAUUUUAAAUUGUGUUUUCCAAUUUUAUCAUUUAAAAAAUGAUGUUGCUGAAUAGAUUUAUUCAUAUAUUGCAUUUUUUCUCUAGCAUUACUUCUUAGCAUAAGUCUCUAAGACUAGAAUUACUCUAUUAAAUGGUGCAAAUCUCUUAUAGCACUUGAAGUAAAUGUCAAAUUGUUUUUCUAAAGCUCCAGUAAUAAACCGAUUCACAAGACGUGCCUCAGUAUGUGCAGAAGCUUAUAAUCCUGAUGAAGAAGAAGAUGAUGCAGAGUCCAGGAUUAUACAUCCAAAAACUGAUGAUCAAAGAAAUAGAUUGCAAGAGGCUUGCAAAGAUAUUCUACUCUUUAAGAACCUGGAUCCGGAGCAGAUGUCUCAAGUAUUAGAUGCCAUGUUUGAAAAAUUGGUCAAAGAUGGGGAGCAUGUAAUUGAUCAAGGUGAUGAUGGUGACAACUUUUAUGUAAUUGAUAGAGGCACAUUUGAUAUUUAUGUGAAGUGUGACGGUGUUGGAAGAUGUGUUGGUAACUACGAUAAUCGUGGGAGUUUUGGCGAACUGGCCUUAAUGUACAAUACGCCCAGAGCAGCUACAAUCACUGCUACCUCUCCUGGUGCUCUGUGGGGUUUGGACAGGGUAACCUUCAGGAGAAUAAUUGUCAAAAACAAUGCCAAAAAGAGGAAAAUGUAUGAAAGCUUUAUUGAGUCACUGCCAUUUCUUAAAUCUUUGGAGGUUUCUGAACGCCUGAAAGUAGUAGAUGUGAUAGGCACCAAAGUAUACAAUGAUGGAGAACAAAUCAUCGCUCAGGGAGAUUUGGCUGAUUCUUUUUUCAUUGUAGAAUCUGGAGAAGUGAAAAUUACUAUGAAAAGAAAGGGUAAAUCAGAAGUGGAAGAAAAUGAUGCAGUAGAAAUCGCCCGAUGUUCGCGGGGGCAGUACUUUGGAGAGCUUGCCCUGGUAACUAACAAACCUCGAGCAGCUUCUGCACAUGCCAUUGGGACCGUGAAAUGUUUAGCCAUGGAUGUGCAAGCAUUUGAAAGGCUUCUGGGACCUUGCAUGGAAAUUAUGAAAAGGAACAUCACCACCUAUGAAGAGCAAUUAGUUGCCCUGUUUGGAACAAACAUGGAUAUUGUUGAACCCACUGCAUGAAGCAAAAGUAUGGAGCAAGAACUAUAGUGACAAAAUUACGCAGUAGUGGUUAGUCCACUGAGAAUGUGUUUGUGUAGAUGCCAAGCAUUUUCUGUGAUUUCAAGGUUUAUUCCUUUUUUUACAUUUACACCGUUUCAAUAAACAGUAGUGGUUUAAUAGUCAAUAGGCUUUAACAUCACUUUCUAAAGAGUAGUUCAGAAAAAAUCGACAUAGUGAUAAAAUGACUUUCUAUUCCACAAAAUUAUUUGAAUGAAAGGUUUAUUCACAUGAUUGUAAUAUAUUGAAAGUAUCUGUGUUUAAGAAGACAAUUAAAGGAUGUUAUCAUAGGCUAUAUGUGUUUGACUUAUUCAGAUUGAUAUCAUAUUAGUGACCAUUCCCAUAUAAGAGAGCACUUGACAAUGAAUCAUGCUACACAGCAUGACAUCACAUUCUUUUUAUAACUCAUGAUACAUAGUAAAAUUUAAAUCAUUUUCAUUUUACAGUUUUUCUGGCUUGAUAAGUUAUGUGCUGGUCUUGGCCUAUUGGUGAAAUGGUAUAAAACAUCAUAUGCAAUUUUAAAACAUUUUAUAUUUUUGCAAUAAAGCUUAUUUUGACUUCUUUGGUGUAAUGUCAGUAAUCUACAUAGUCCAGUGGUUUUAAGGACAGGCAAUUUAGUUAGGAUAAUAGGGAAAAGAGUCUUUUAGACGAGAGAACAUUAAUACAGUUUUUUUCUCAUCAAGUAUAUAGCUGCUUCUUUUUUCAUUUUGCAAUUUUCUAUUUCCUUUAUCUUUAAAUAUUUGAUCUUGACAUUUAAUGUCACAAAGAUUUUUUUAAAAAGCUAUUUAAACUUUUAAAAUCUGGCAUUUUUUGGUCUUCUUUAGCCUAAGAUCUUACAAAUACUUAAACAAAAAUUCCCCUGUACCCAAAAUAUUUUAGGAUCCUUAUCCACAGGCCUACAGAAUAUUUCUUUGUUCUUCACUAGAUCUACAUGAUGUAGCCAUUUGCAGACAUCCACCUCCUGGGUUUCUGUUCUUCCUUAUGAUUUCCAACCUGCAGUCUCAUUGAUCAGCAGCCACUGUGGUUUGUUUUCUGUUUUUUUCUUAUUCUUAACAACUUCCUCUAUAGUGAUAAAAAUAAAUUUUACAAGCAAAACAACAUAAAAAGACAAAAGGAAUUUCUCUCAUACCACAUAUACCAUUAGGCCUUGCCACUGCUUUAAUGUAGACUCAGUUAAAGUUAGUGCAGAAUGAAUUCAAACUUAUAGAACUUUUUUUGAUCAUUGAUAUGCUUAGUAUGCUGCCAUAUAAGAUGAAUUUAGUUAUGUUCAAGCAAAGCAAUACACUCUUACAUAAUUUCUAGGCCCCACGACCCAGUGUCUACAGAUAUUAAUAUUAAACAGUUGUUUACUUUUAAAUGAGCAAUUUCAUUUUGGGAAACAUGUUUCAAAAGACUAUAUAUAUACAUAAGUAAAAUUAUUCUGUGGCUAGCGUAGUCUAUUUAGAGAAUGUUUAUGGUCCCACUUGUAUAUGAAAAUGUGGUUAGAAUGUGAAUUGGAUAAGUAUAUAUAAGAAGUUAAGUAAAGAAUGUAAAGUAAAACUUCUGCCAUAUUUUGGAACACUGUUUAGUAUUUUUGCAAAACCUUCUUGUAGGAAAAAAGAGCUCUCUACAUGAAGAUGACUUGUUUUCUAUUUGAGAUUUUAUUUUAAAAGCUGUGUUUGUUAAGCAAGAAAAAACACAAAAGAAUCCCGUAUUCCUAUUUCGUCAUUCUGUAUUCUUAAUCACUUUUUCAACUUGUCUGUUUUGUUGUGUAAAUUGUUAACUAUUCAUAGAACAGCAAACAAACACCUGUUUAAUGAAGAAUCUGACCAAGGCUAUAAAAGCCAGUUACCUUAUUUUCAGUAUCGUUGGUUAUAUUUAAAUUUUCCUUAUAAUAAAGCACACUUUUAUAAUAAAAUAUACGAAUUACUGUUUUUAAUACCUUUUUGCUUGUUUCUUUAGUAUGACUUGCACAGUGGAUAAUACGUUGAAAAGCAUGAUAGAGAUGUGACAUGUGGAAGCUAAACCCCCAGGCAUAAAAUAGCAAGAAAGUAUGGUUCUGCUUGGCAAUAGGUUUUUACACUUUGAAACUUGUGGACGUGUGUGGGAGAAAUGAUUGUGGCUUGUUGCAAAUUUGACCAUUUAGGAUAACCAAAUAAGUCUGGCUAACUAGGGAAUUUAUGUGUAAAAUUAUCUAAUUAAAACAGCUCAAGUUUGA